CACUUGCUAGAGAAAUGAAUUGGGCAGGGCCGCGUGGAGAGUGAACUGGGCUUCCUCUAACGUUCCCUGCCAGUCGAGCUCUUCGACGCGAGCUUCUUCCUUCGUACCGCACUUACAAGCGUCGGGAUUUGAAGUCUUGAACACAAGGUUUUGUGGAUAUAUGUUUAGGAAUGUCCUUCUUGUGCUGUAAGGUUGUUUCAGUUUCACAUGGCACUGUCACUAUCAGCUGUGCAGUGUAUUAGUGGGAAACAAUUGAGAAGUCGAAUUUUCUUCAAAUUUGGAAGAGGACGUCGAAAUGCUUUGAGUUGUAGAAUGAGGUUCACUAAUUUCCUCUUGAACAUAUCAAGACUGUGUUCUCGAUCCAAGCAUAAGUUUUCAGAAAAGCUGCUGGAUGAAGUAAAUAAGUAUAAUGUUCCAAGCAUAUCUGAUCAAUCAAAGUUUCUUAGUAAGGUAUCUGUGCUGAUGGAGUAUGAUGGUUUUAAUGAGUUAAUUGAGAAUGAAAAAGCAGAAAAGCAAUCUGGUUCAGAUGUCAAUGAUGCUGUAGAUGAUUUUGAUGUCUCGUUGACACGUAAAAGAUUUCCUUCUAUUGUUUUGGGUAAUUCUCCUCCUGUAGAAUUAUAUGAUGAGACUACACAGCACUUUGAAAUGAAGAGCCCUAUACCAGCUGAAAGUUAUAAAGAAUUUCCCUCAGAUGCUCUGGGUGAGAAAUGGGUUGAUCUAGAUGACCUUUCUGAGCAUUGGCCAUCUUCAGGCACCCUUCCAAUUGAGAACUCUUCCAUAUCAAAAGAACAAGGCAAUGGUAAUGCAAGCAUGAUUAGUGAAUCCAGGGAUGAAAAAACACAUAUCUUAAAAGAAUUAAAAGAGGAAAAUGCAUACGGUUUGCCAUUAUAUUCUGAGGACAUGACUUUGGAAACACGAGAAAAAUUGGAUUAUAAAGUCAGCAUGGAGGAAUAUUCUAACAAAGUGGUGCCUGAAUCACAGCUAAGUGCUACAUAUCUUGAUACAUCUAUCAGUUGCAUUCCUGGAUUAAGUAAGAGACAAUGCCAUCAGCUAGAAAAUUGUGGUUUUCACACGUUACGGAAACUGCUGAAUCAUUUCCCUCGAACCUAUGCUGAUUUGCAAAAUGCACAAGUUGGAAUUGAUGAUGGCCAGUACAUGAUUUCUGUUGGGAGAAUUUUAUCUUCUAGGGGAGUUAGAGCUAGUUAUUCUUUUUCAUUUCUUGAGGUGGUUGUGAGUUGUGAGGUUGCGGGUGAUGAAUCUAAGCGUACCAUUGAGGACAUUGAUAGUGCAGGAAAGAAAACCAUUUAUUUGCAUCUCAAGCAAUUUUUCCGCGGCACUCGUUUCACUAGUCAACCUUUUCUCAAAAUUCUUCAAAACAAGCAUAAACCAGGAGACAUUGUUUGUGUUAGUGGUAAGGUUAAGAGCAUGAGUACCAACGAUCACUAUGAAAUGAGGGAAUAUAAUAUUGAUGUGCUAAAAGAUGAUGAAGAUUCAUCUCUUUGUCCUGAAGGGAGGCCAUAUCCUAUAUACCCUUCAAAAGGAGGCUUAAAGCCUAAUUUUCUUAGGAACACUAUUGCAAGAGCUGUACAAGCCUUGGCUCUCAUUGUCGAUCCUAUUCCAAAAGAAAUCACUCAGGAAUUUGGGCUCUUUCAUCUUCAUGAUGCUUAUGUUGGAAUUCACCAACCAAAGAAUGCUGAGGAGGCUGAUUUAGCUCGUAGAAGACUUAUAUUUGAUGAGUUCUUUUACCUACAGUUGGGACGCUUAUUCCAAAUGCUUGAAGGUCUUGGUACACAAAUGGAGAAAGACAGAUUACUUGAAAAGUACAGAAAACCUGAAUUAAAUGCCAUUUGUAUGGAAAAUUGGUCCAGUCUCACGAAGAAACUCUUGAAGGCUCUUCCAUAUUCCCUUACUUCUAGUCAGCUAAGUGCUGUUUCAGAGAUUAUAUGGGAUCUAAAACGACCUGUUCCUAUGAAUCGACUUUUGCAGGGUGAUGUUGGAUGUGGGAAAACAGUGGUUGCUUUUUUGGCAUGUAUGGAAGUUGUUGGCUCUGGUUAUCAGGCUGCUUUCAUGGUUCCAACUGAAUUGCUUGCGGUGCAACAUUAUGAGCACUUGCUUAAUUUGCUAGAGGCAAUGGAGGAUGACCAAUCCAAACCUUCAAUUGCUCUACUAACAGGUUCAACACCAUUAAAACAGUCACGGAUGAUUCGUAAGGAUCUCCAAGCGGGAGAAAUUUCCUUGGUCAUUGGAACCCACAGUUUAAUAUCUGAAAAUGUAGAAUUCUCUGCUUUGCGUAUAGCUGUGGUGGAUGAGCAACAUCGCUUUGGUGUGAUCCAGAGAGGAAGGUUUAAUAGUAAGUUAUAUUAUAGCUCUUUAAGUUCAAGAAUAGCAGCAACCAGUUCUGAUGGGUCCUCAAAGAGCGAUGGCUAUAUGGCCCCACACGUUCUUGCUAUGUCAGCCACUCCCAUCCCAAGGACACUUGCUUUGGCCUUGUAUGGGGACAUGUUCCUAACACAAAUAACUGACUUGCCUCCUGGAAGAAUUCCAGUUGAAACAUGCAUUAUUAUAGGAAAUAGCCAGGGCUUUGAGGAUGCCUACAAGAUGAUGCUUGAUGAAUUAGAAGCAGGGGGAAGAGUGUAUCUUGUUUAUCCAGUCAUUGAACAAUCUGAGCAACUGCCUCAGCUUCGUGCUGCUUCUGCUGAUCUAGAAGCUAUAUCAGAGAGGUUUCAAGGUUACAACUGUGGGUUGUUACAUGGUAGAAUGAAGAGUGAUGAAAAAGAUGAAGCACUAAGACGAUUUAGAUCUGGGGAAACUCACAUACUCCUUUCCACUCAAGUAAUUGAGGUUGGUGUUGAUGUUCCAGAUGCCACCAUGAUGGUUGUUAUGAAUGCUGAGAGAUUUGGAAUGGCUCAAUUGCACCAACUCAGAGGACGAGUUGGACGUGGAGCGAGGAAGUCGAAAUGUGUAUUGCUAGCAUCAACAAUCAGUAGCCUUAACCGAUUAAAGGUGCUGGAGAAGUCAUCCGAUGGUUUCUACUUGGCAAAUGCUGAUCUUCUUUUACGUGGACCUGGUGAUUUGCUUGGUAAAAAGCAAUCCGGACACCUUCCAGAGUUUCCUGUUGCAAGGUUGGAGAUAGAUGGGAAUAUUUUGCAAGAAGCACAUGCUGCUGCUCUGAAAGUUCUAGGUGAUUCUCAUGAUUUGGAGCGAUUUCCAGCAUUGAAGGCAGAGCUUAGCAUGAGGCAACCACUUUGUCUUCUCGGAGAUUGAGAUAGAGCUAUGACAGAAUCCUGAAUUCAUGUGCAAGACAAUGCCUGCUGUUGCAUAAAGGGAUAAUCAGGCUUUUGCAAUCCCCCUAAAGUCUUGGUCAAUUUUGUAUACUCUCUUUUGGUGGAAAAAACUGAUGAUUUUAAUUUAGGCAAUUAUAUUUCAUGUACUUGGGCUUCCAUGUAAAUGUUAUGGUGAUAGUUUCUAGUCCCUCCUUGUAUUUCUAAUAGGAAACUUCCUUAGUUUCAGUUCAACAACUACAGCAGUAAUGGUUUCACAUGAGCUGCAUUUUUAGAUUUAUAAUUUGGUUCGAAUAUGACUAUGCUUUGUGACACAAGCAUAGUUGUAUUUGUUGGAAA